AUGAAAACUAUCGUAGUUCUUGGAGCCACCGGCGAGCAGGGCACAGCUAUAAUAAACACCCUCCUUACCCACCGCACUUACAGAAUACGUGCUGUAACUCGAAAUCUUACAUCCCCCAAAGCACUCGCUCUAUCCCAACAGGGCAUCGAAGUUGUUCCAGGUGACUUCGACGAUAAAGCUUCUCUCAUCAGUGCUUUCCAAGAUGCAAGUGCCAUCUAUGCUGUCACUGACUUCUGGGCUCCCUUCAUCGGCGGUCUCAGUGCUUCAGAAGCCCAAGCUCUCGAAACUAGACACGGCAAGAACAUCGUGGACGCAGCGCUAGAGAUUCCGAAUUUGGAGCACUUCAUCUGGUAG